AUGGUCUCAUUCGAGGAUCCAACCGUGCUUGCUGAUUUCAUGGAUUCUCAGCUUGAAAAACUAAUGGCUUUUAAGAUUGAUUCGACGGGACGACCAGUGUAUCAGUCCUAUAAUGGCUUUGGGCCACUCAAAAGCCCCAGGAGUAUACCACAGCUUGUCGGCUUUGGCUUGGCAACCAAACUCGAGGAAGACGACAACUGGGGCAUCUGGCCUAUUCAGCCGGACCACUAUUGGGCGCCAGAGGUGAUACUGGGUAAUGGGUGGCAAAUGCCUGCGGAUAUUUGGAAUCUUGGUGUUCUGGUGCGUCCUAUUGUUGUCCAAGGCUGUUGCAUCCACUAA